AAUUUUGCUAUAGCUGAGGAUUCGCCUAUUAUCAACAAUUAUUAACAGCAUUGCGGAAAACUCCUACCGUUUUUAUAAAUAUUCGAAUAUUUAAAAUGCCUUCACUUUUUGCUGGCAUAUAUUUACAAGAUAAACCAAAUGAAUUUCUACCUUUAGAUGAUAUCGACUUCGAUCGUAAUGUGAAUUAUUUAAAAGAAGAAAUUGCUAAAAAGGUGCAAUGCGAUGCAACAAAUUUGGAGUUAAUAUACAAAGGUUUAGCUUUAAAAGAUGAAAAUAAAUUAUUGGAAAUUAUUUGUCCUAACGGAACGGUGCAUUGUUUCAACAAGACAAAGCAACAUUCGCCGUACGUUCCUCCAGAAGAUGUGUCAACACCUGCGAAUAUCACACGUAUUCACGAGCUUUUUAAUGUAAUUGCACACACUCAAAUAAAUGUUAAUUCACGUGUCAAUAUCCUUCAAAAGGUAUUGGCAAAGUAUCCAGAAUUUCGUCAUAAUUUAGGAGCGCAAGCUCUUAUUAGAGAUUCAGUCCUUUUUAAUACACUUCAUCAUCCAGAAGUAGUUAAAAACAUUUCUGAAACCUACCCGAUUAUUUGUGAAGCAGCUCCAUUUAUGGUAGAUACUAUUAAGAAAGAAUUGGCUCGGAGCUCAUCGACUACACUUUCAGAGCCGGCAACUGAUUCAACCAAUUCAUCUGAGGAAGAAAAUUCAAUGGGUGCCAGCACUAGUAACGACCGACCUACAUCAGGUUCGCAAUCGGAGAAUUCACGAAUACGUAUGAUAAGCCGCCAGCAAUUACAAGCUGCACUUGCCAGAAUCGGCGUCGGUUCGGUAAAUUCAUUGUCCAACAUUGCUCAGAGAAAUAGUGAUAACGUAAAUGUAACACCGGCCACGGGUACAACAUCAGAAGCCGCUGCUGAAACAUCUGCAUCCAUACCCAAUUCAACUAGUGGGGAGCGUAUUUCAUCAACAAUGUUUCGAUCAGAGUUGCAACGAGCUUUACAAUCUUUGGGUCAACGGGUCAGUCAAGUUAGUGGUUCUGGUAGUGGUAAUACUGAUCAAGGCAGGGAUUCACAACGAAUGGACACAACAGAAACAUCUCCUACUGGUCCUAUUACGGGAGACGACAGUGACGAAUUACCGCCCCAGUAUCGCACGCAUCAAUAUGCUAAUGAAUUGCGUACUAUGGUUCAAAUGGGUUUACUCAAUUACGAUGACAAUCUAGUAUAUUUGACUAUAGCAAAUGGUAAUAUUGAUGUUGCUAUUAACCUCCUAAUGGGGGCAAUGAAUUAAUGAUUUAAAAAUAGAUGAGAAUUAAGAUGUUUUUAGUUGCGUAAUAAUUAACACAAAACAACAACAUUCUACUGCGAAAACAAAAGGAAUAUGUCAUCCUAUGUCAAUGAUAUGUAGACUGCAAAAUAAAAUAUUGUAUGUAUAUUCAUGUAU